CAGCAUCUUAGACAAGAAUCCCAAUCCAAUAAAAACAAUGACAUCUGUAAAUAUUCAAAAUUGGAAUUUGCUGGUGAUAGUUGAUAGCAUCUUGCACCAUUUUGGCCAGUGCACGCAAUAUUUUGACAUCCAACUUUGCAUAUUAACAUCGGUGGCCACAGUUCCACGAUGUGAGUGCACAAAGAACAGUAGUCCUGCAAAGUGAGAGAGUUUUCAAAGCUUAUUUACAGGCUAAUUACCAAUUCAUGUUAUUUACAAUCUCAAAAGGCUUUCAUACACAAUAUUAUAUUGCAUCCCAUGUGAAGCCACAUUGCAUCCCCAUGAAAAGCUAUUCUGUUGUAUUGUACCUACACAAUAUUAUAUUGCAUCCCCAUGUGAAGUUUUCAGAAGUUGCCCCACAAACAAAGAAGGAACGGUCCUUGAAAGAGUGUUUUCCAAGGCCAAGAUUACAAGUUCAUGUUAUUUACAAUCUCAAAAAGCUUCCAUACAAGUUGUGCUAGCCUAGCUACUUGCAAAAUCUUGGAAUAUUUUACUUCAUCCAAAUCCCUUGCAGUCUGUUUGCAGAGAAGAGAAAAGAUGGCUUUGAUCGGAGAGGCUCUUAUCUCUGCUUCCGUCCAGGUGUUGUGUGACAGAAUUACUUCAAGCGAGUUCGUCGACUUAUUUCGGCAGAAGAAACUCGACGAACCACUCCUCAUGAACCUGAAGACGACACUGUUGACUUUGUUCGUGGUGCUCAAUGAUGCAGAGGAGAAGCAACUUGUGAACCCUGCUGUGAGAGAGUGGCUUAACGAGCUCAAGCAUGCUGUCUUUGAUGCAGAGGACUUACUGGAUGAGAUCGACACUGAAGCUUUGCGACGCAAGCUGAAAGGUGAGGAUCAAACCCACAAAUUAACCAAUAAGGUGUGGAACUUACUCCCUUCUUCUCGUAAUCAUUUUUAUCAAAGCAUGAAUGUUAAGAUACAAGAGUUGUUGCAAAGAUUAGAAAACUUCGUACAACAGAAAAUUGCUCUUGGUCUGGGAGAAGUUGCUAGGAGGAAGGUUUCACAUAGAACUCCAACAACUUCCUUGGUUCAUGAACCUUGUGUAUAUGGUAGAGAUGAAGUCCAAGAAAAUUUAUCAAAAGUGUUGCUAUCUGAUGAUGCAAGCAAGGAUGAUGUGUCUGUCCUCACCAUUGUUGGAAUGGGUGGGGUUGGCAAGACAACCCUUGCUCGAAUGCUUUACAACAACAAUAAGGUGAAAGGGCAUUUUACACUUCAAGCUUGGGCUUGUGUUUCAGAAGACUAUAAUGCUUUUAGAAUAACUAAAACUAUUCUUGAGUCAGUCACUUCAAAGCCUUGUAAUACGACGGAUCUGAAUUUGCUUCAAGUUGAAUUAAGAGAGCAGUUGAGGGGAAAGAAAUUUUUAUUUGUGUUGGAUGAUCUAUGGAAUGAAAAUUAUGGUGAUUGGGAGCGCCUCCAAACUCCUUUUAAUUCAGGGGCCAGGGGAAGCAAAGUCAUUAUAACAACACGGAACAAAAAUGUAGCAUCUUUAAUGAAAAAUGUUCCCAUUCAAUUCUUGGAACCAUUGUCGCAUGAAGAUUGCUGGUUGUUACUUGCGAAACAUGCGUUUGGAAAUGUAAACUGUAGUGAACAUCCAAGCUUGGAAGAAAUCGGCAUGAAAAUUGCACGCAAGUGCAAAGGGUUGCCUUUAGCUGCACAAACACUUGGGGGUUUGUUACGUUGCAAUAUAGAUUCUGAGGAGUGGAAUAGAAUACUAAAUAGUAAUAUUUGGUACCUACCCCAUGGUACAACUGACAUUCUUCCAGCUCUAUGGUUGAGUUAUCAUUAUCUCCCCGCUCAGUUAAAACGAUGCUUUGUUUAUUGUUCAGUUUUUCCAAAGGAUUAUGAGUUUGAAAAGGAAGAUGUAGUUCAAUUAUGGAUGGCAGAAGGCUUAGUUACUCAAGUUGAUAGUGGGAUGAUUAUGGAAUCAAUGGCUAGAAAAUACUUUGAUGAGCUAUUAUCUCGGUCACUGUUUCAAAAGUCAAGAGAACUCAGUUUCACAAUGCAUGACCUCAUUCAUGACUUGGCUAUGUUCAUCUCUAAGGGGUUUUGCCUUAGGCUGGAAGGGGUGGAAUCGCGUGAAGUUAAAAGAGCUCGUCAUUUGUCAUAUGCUAGGGGAGAAUUUGAUGUUGCUUCAAAAUUUGAGCCAUUAUAUGGGGCUAAGUGUUUGAGGACCUUCCUACCUACCUCUUUAAAACAAAAUGAAUACUAUGAAGAAUUUUAUGUAAGUAAAAAGGUUCUACAACAUUUAUUGCCAUCACUAAGAUGUUUACGAGUGCUAUCAUUGUCACGUUAUCAAAAUGUCACUGAGUUACCUGAUUCUAUUGGAAACCUCAUUCACUUGCGCUACUUGGAUCUUUCCCAUACUGCAAUUGAAAGGUUACCUGGGGUACUUUGCAAUCUCUACAACUUGCAGACGUUACUGUUGUCAAAUUGUUCCUCUCUCCUUGAAUUGCCUGCAGACAUCAGAAAAUUGAUUAAUUUACAAAAAUUAACGUUGGCAAGUUGUAGCUCUCUUACUAAAUUGCCUGCAGGAAUGGAGGAGUUGAUUAAUUUGCAUCAUCUUGAUGUCAGUGGAACUAAAAUUGAAGAGAUGCCUGUGCAAAUGGGAAGGCUGAAAAGUUUGAGACAAUUGUCUGCUUUUGUUGUGGGCAGAUCUGCUGGGUCAAGCAUAGGAGAGCUGAGGGAGUUCCCGCAGCUUCAAGGAAAACUUGCAAUUUUUAAGCUACAAAAUGUAGAUGAUGCUAGGGAUGCAUUGCAAGCCAAUUUGAAGGACAAGAAAGAUCUCAAGGAGUUAGAGUUGGCAUGGGGUGCAGAGGAUGCUGAUGAUUCCCAAAAGGAGAAAGAUGUACUUGACAAGCUCCAUCCUUGCAUGAAUAUAGAGACACUAACCAUUCGAUUCUAUGGUGGAACCAACUUCCCGAAUUGGUUAGGAGACUCGUCCUUCUCUAAUUUACAAGUCAUGCAUCUGAGUGAUUGUAGUUAUUGUUGGUCACUGCCACCAGUUGGGCGUCUACCCUAUCUCAAAGAGCUCUAUAUAGAAAGAAUGAAGUCUGUUAAGAUGAUUGGCGUGGAAUUCUAUGGCAGAAAUGGAGCUUCUCUUAUUCAGCCAUUUCAAUCACUGGAGAAGCUAAAGUUUAUGGAGAUGGCAGAGUGGGAGGAAUGGGUACCAAGUGCAAGUGGAGGCGAAUAUGGUCCAGAUUUCCCACGUCUCCUAGAGCUGAUUCUAACCAACUGUCCGAAGCUGAGCAGAAGCUUGCCUUGUCAUCUGCCUUGCUUGAAGAAGCUUACGGUGUGUGGGUGUGAGGUUUUACAUGAUGAAGGGGCCAAUACUACAACAACCAGUGGUCUUAACUACAGAUCUCUUGAAGAGUUGGAAAUAGAAGGUGGAUGCCAAAAGGGUCUGUUAUCAUUACUCGUGGAAAUUGGAAAUUUCGUUGACAUACAAUGCUUGCCCAAUCGCAAUUGUCUUCAACGUUUGAGUCUCUGGAAUUGUCCAACGCUGUCUUCGUUCCCUAAAGAUGGGUUACCCACUACAUUGACAACACUUUAUAUAGGGAACUGUAAGAGAUUAGAAUUCCUACCUGACGAGAUGUUGGCCAAAUUAACAUCGCUCGAAUCCUUGUGGAUAGGGGAUAGCUGUGAUUCACUAAGGAACUUCCGGGUGAGCAUUUUUCCCAAAUUGAAGAAGCUUGACAUUAGGGGUAGUGAGAAUCUGGAAUCCCUUUCCUUCAUUGAAGAAGGAGUCAAUGAGAAUCUCAGUCAUCUCAGAGAAUUGUUUAUCUAUGAUUGUCCAAAUUUGAUGUGUUUUCAAUGUCAGGGAGGAUGGCCCACUCCCAACUUGAAUGAUUUUACAGUUGCUAAAUGCAAGAAUUUCAAGUCAUUACCCGAAGGCAUUCACACCCUCACAGCCCUUCGACUGUUGCAGGUGGAUGAUCUUCCAAAUCUGGAGUCAUUUGCAGAAGGGGGUUUGCCUCCCAACAUCCGAGAUUUGUGCACUCGUAGUUGUGAGAGGCUGAGGGCUCCAGUGGUAAAGUACUGGGGAUUGGAAGGACUUGUCUCCCUUAAAUCAGUUAUAAUUGGUGGCAGUAUCUUGGAGACGUUGCUCAAGGAACACUUGCUCCCUACCACUCUUCGCACUCUAAUUAUUAGUGGGUGUGACAGUAUCCUAGUCCUGCCAGGAGAAGGAGAGGGACUUCGACACCUCACUUCUCUCCAAUUGCUACAAAUUGACGCGUGUGAAAACCUCCAAUUCCUGCCAGGAGAGGGACUUCAACAUCUCACUUCUCUUCAAGAGCUAUAUAUUACUUCGUGUCACAGUAUCCAAUUCCUGCCAGAAGAGGGUUUGCCGCUAUCUCUUUCUUUACUUUCCAUCCGCAAUUGUUCUACCCUGGAGAAAAGGUAUCAGAAUAAGACGGGAAAUGAUUGGAUCAAGAUAUCUCACAUUCCUUGCAUCAGGGUAAAUGGUCAAGUCAUCAUCAUAUGAUAUGAUACGAGCAAACUCAGAAAACACUCAGGACAGCAUAUCUUCUCUUGGAGAGAUUUUCAUAUGUAAGGUUUCUUUACGUGUCAUUUCCGGAGGAGAAUUUAACAUUGUAUAUAGCUCUUUGUUUUUCUACAAAACAAUUGUCACAAUGCGGAGAAACGGAAAGGUUUACCUGGAAUAUCUCAAGCGACACAUUCCUACAUGCAGGCAUCGAAUGCACAACAUUUUUAGGUGGCAUGGCACAAACUCAUAUCCGUACUUCCUUCCCCAUCAGUUAUUCUGUUACCAGCUUGAAGCUUGUGUAGAUACGUUAUGCUCUUGUAAUUCUGAUCACAAAGAUCAAUUUCUUCUUCAACAACGGAUGAAUUUAUACUAAUCACAUGGUUCAAAGGAGGCGACUUUCCUUUACCCUAUCUCUCUGGUCCAUCUGCUGCUUGGCCUAGUAGCUUUAACUGUAUGUUUGCGGCCAGUUAAGGAGACUUGAGAAAAAACCAUGCAUGAUUUCAAAGUCGAAGCUCAUGGUUCAAUCAUAGAUGUCAGCUUAGCUGCUUACUUCACUGUAAAUGCCUUUCACUGUUUGUUUAUUUUUUCUGAAAAUGCCUUCAAGUGAGAUAGAUGGUGAAGGAAUCAGAGCUGAUCUUGAGGUCUCUGAUGCCACUGUUGUUGCAACAUAUGUUUGGUUCUCGCAAUUCAAUCCCUGAUGAGCUUCGGAAAUUGGUCGAGGUCGAGGUCGAGACAGGGAUGAUUGAUGGUGAAAUGGAUGCCAUUUCUUCUUGCAGCCUGUUCUCAAAGUUCUUGUUUGCAAGUGCUAGAUAUAAAGUAUUUUGAUUGACAGGAGAUAAUGACAUUUCUUGACAAUUCUAGAACAGUCCAUCUGA